AUGGCAGAACAGAUUCUACGAUUGGACGAGGUCCAGCAGCGCCUGCCCCCUCCAGUCCCUAGAACGGACCUAGAAACCCAAGUUGCGAACAGCGACGACCUGGCUGUCCUCGUCGUGCUGGACGACGACCCCACAGGCACACAGACAUGCCACGGCAUCAACGUGCUAACAGUCUGGGACGAGAAGAUCCUCAUGCGUGAAUUCCAGCAAUGCAACCGGGGUUUCUUCAUCCUGACUAACUCGCGCGCUCUACCUACUCCCGAAGCGCGCGGGUUAAUCAGGGAAGUCUGCACGGCCGUGAAGCACGCGGCGGCUAAAGCGCAAAGAGCCUUCGAGAUCGUCCUCAGAGGCGACUCGACACUGCGUGGGCACUUCCCUGAUGAGCCGGAGGUUGCAGAGGACGUGAUCGGUGCAGUAGACGGCUGGGUCCUGGCCCCGUUCUUUCGACAGGGCGGUCGCUUGACUAUCAAUGAUGUCCACUACGUUGCUGAUCCGGAAGAAAAUUUGAUUCCAGCUGCACAGACACCGUUCGCGAAGGAUGCGACGUUUGGCUACUCGAAUUCGAAUCUGAGGAAGUAUGUCGUGGAGAAAUCUGGCGGGUCUAUUGCAGAGGACCGCGUGCAUUCCAUUUCGCUAGAGGAUAUCCGCACAGGCGGGCCUGAGGCUGUUUCGAAGAAGUUACUUAGCCUUGGAAAGAGGAGCGUUAUUGUAGUGAAUGCCGUAGUUGAUACGGAUAUGGAGAUCUUCGUUCUGGGGCUACUAGCUGCUAAAUCACAAGGGAGGACAUAUCUAUAUCGAACGGGUGCUGCAUUUGUAUCAACAAGACUGGGCAUCGCGCAAAUUCCUCCUUUAAUACCCAAAUCACUCGGUCUCAGCACCCACGCAUCUCAACCAGGCGGGCUCAUCCUAGCAGGCUCUUAUGUGCCCAAGACGACCGAGCAAUUGCAAUCCCUAAUUGACGGCCGAGGACCGAGUCUGGAGGUUAUCGUCCUUAAAGUGGAAGAUCUGCUGAAAGGCCCCGAAGACGCAGACCGAGCAGCUCUCGACGCAGCAGACAAAGCAGGACAAUUGAUUCUCAACGGUCGAGACGUACUCGUAAUGACGAGCCGCGAUCUCAUCACUGGCAACGAUGGCGUCUCUAGUUUGAAGAUAGGCAGUACUGUUGCAGCUGUCCUGGUGUUGUUCCUGCGCCUCCUUGUCCCGCGGCCCCGCUACAUCAUAGCCAAAGGUGGAAUCACAUCUUCAGACGCAGCAUGCAAAGGGCUGCGCAUGCGAAGAGCCCAGAUCCUCGGUCAGGCUGCGUCGGGUGUUCCCCUGUGGCGAUGCGACGAGCCGACCUCCAAGUUCUCAGGUAUUCCAUACGUCGUGUUCCCCGGGAAUGUCGGAGAAGUCAACACACUACGAGACCUCGUCGCAUCGUGGGCCAAAGAAGCGAAACCGCGGAUGGAAUACCAGCAACUAGGCACGAGCUCCCUCAAGGUAUCGAGAGUCAUUCUUGGCUGCAUGACAUUCGGCAAUCCCUCCUGGGAGGGAAGUCCGUGGGUGCUCCCAGAAGAAGAGGCACUGCCUCUACUCGAAAGGGCAUACGACUGCGGAAUCAACACAUGGGAUACGGCAAAUACAUAUUCGAACGGGCUUUCCGAGGUAAUAGUCGGCAACGCACUACGGGAAUACUCCAUCCCACGAGAGAAGGUCGUCAUCUUAACAAAACUUUACUACCCAGUCAUGGAAAUAACCUCAAACGCACGACCAAACCCUGCCGUCAAUGACGGAUCCCUGGUUAAUCAAAUGGGCCUAAGCAGAAAGCACAUCUUCGAAGCGGUCGACGCCUCGCUGAAACGACUAGGAACAACGUACAUCGACGUCCUGCAAUUACACCGGGUGGACGAGACCGUGCGCUCUAAUCCCGUGGAAGUCAUGAAAGCCCUGCACGACCUCGUCCAGGCAGGGAAAGUGCAUUACCUCGGCGCGUCCAGCAUGCAUUGCUGGCAGCUGGCUAGGUUACAUUACACGGCAAAGAUGAACGGGUGGACAGGGUUUACAGGUAUGCAGAACCUGUAUAACCUGUUAUACCGGGAGGAGGAGCGAGAUGUAAAUCCGUUCUGUGACGUUGAGGGGAUUGGAUUGAUUCCUUGGAGUCCCCUGGCUCGUGGAUUACUUUCACGGCCGUCCAAUGUCCAGACAGAGCGGUCGAAGAGGGAUGCGAAGACGGCGAAGUGGUUCGCUGGGGAUCAGAAUGAGAAAAUCAUUGGGAGGGUCCAGCAGAUAGCGGAGAGUAAGGGUUGCUCUAUGAGUGCUGUGGCCAUGGCGUGGCUGCUGCAUAAGGGCUCUUGUCCAAUUGUCGGACUGAACAGUUUAGAGAGAAUCGAAGCUGCAACGGAGGCAUUUGGUAUACGUCUUGCAAAGGAGGAGGUACAACUACUGGAGGAACCUUAUCAAGCUUUGGCAGUGCAGGCUAUUUGA